UCCUCCUCCCAUUUCUUGCGUUGUUUGCCGCCCCCACAGAAAAAGGCGCCAGUUCAUCCGCUUCCGUUCCUUGUUCUCACCACCGUGAGGUCGACCUCCCCGUUCCCUCCCCUUCCUGGCUUCCUCCACUCCCAAAUCUCACCUCCAUCCAGCUCUUAGCUUCUCGCGUUGACUCGCCUCUGCCUCCAUUCAGUGGCUGCUUGGAUCGGCUCAGGGACGCCGGCGGGCCUUGUCCGCGCCGAAUCUCGCGCCCAUUUCGCGUUCCUGUUGGUUGCCGGAGUGGUUUGGAUCCGAGGACUGGUCUCGAGUUCUUGGAUCUCCUCCCCCUCAAUGGCGGCGCUCGUGGAGCUGUUCCUGGGCUCCACGUCGGCGCCGGUGGACUGGGAGGCGGAGGCCUACCCGACCUACGGGGACUUCGCCGUGCUCCCCUUGCUCGUCGCCUUCUUCCCCGCCGUCCGGUUCCUCCUCGACCGACUCGUCUUCGAGAUAUUAGCACGAAGACUUAUAUUUGGAAAGGGAUAUGACAAACUUGCUGAAACAGAUGAUAGUAGAAAGAAAAUCAAUAAAUUUAAGGAAUCAGCGUGGAAGUUUGUUUAUUUUCUUUCUGGAGAGGUGCUUUCAUUAUCUGUAACAUACAAUGAGCCAUGGUUUAAGAACACCAGAUACUUUUGGGUAGGGCCUGGUGAUCAGAUCUGGCCUGAUCAAAAGAUGAAACUGAAGCUCAAAGCUGUCUACAUGUAUGCUGCUGGAUUUUACACAUAUUCAAUCUUUGCUCUUCUGUUCUGGGAAACAAGACGUUCAGAUUUUGGAGUUUCAAUGUCUCACCAUGUAGCAACUGUUGUUCUGAUUGUUCUAUCCUAUAUUUUCAGAUUUGCUCGUGUCGGCUCUGUUGUUUUAGCCCUUCAUGAUGCAAGUGAUAUAUUCCUAGAGAUUGGGAAGAUGGCCAAGUACAGUAGCUGCGAGUGGCUAGCUGUUGUGGCAUUUCUUCUUUUUGUUGCGUCGUGGAUACUUCUUCGCCUCAUUAUUUUCCCUUUUUGGAUUCUAAGAAGCACAAGCUAUGAAGUACUGCUGACCCUGGACAAGAAUAAGCAUCGAUUUUACGGCCCCAUAUACUACUAUGUUUUCAAUUGUCUUCUGUUCUCACUCCUAGUUCUUCACAUAUAUUGGUGGAUACUGAUAUGGCGGAUGCUAGUUAAACAAAUUCAAUCAAAAGGACGUGUUGGCGACGAUGUUCGAUCUGAUUCUGAAGGCGAAGAUGAGCAUGAAGAUUAACUUUUUAGAUUGAAUGCUUAACUGAAGAACUAUGUCUGGUGUUCCCUACAGCAAGGCACACCAUCUGAAAACCUUUUUUACCCCCUUUUACAGAAGACAUGCAGAUAUUAGAUCUCAUUAGACCGUAUCAUUCUUUCAGCAUCAAAGAUGGCAACCAUCAUCUGUGAAUUUCCACUGAAAACACCUGCACACUCAUGUCCUUGUAUGAAAGAAAAGUGCUUUGUGUUUUUCAGUCGAUCAGCAUUUGUAAAAGAUACAGAAUAAUCUCCUGUUCAUUCAUUUUUGUAACUAUACAGUUGAUUUUGAUUUCAAAGCAUGUAAUUUGCUACAGUAAUUCAGUGAUAUCUUGUGUAUCAUCCGUUAUGAUGGAAGUACUGGGAAGAACUUGCCAAGAA